AUGAAGGCGACGGAUCUCUUUCAUGUUACUGCGCUGGUAGCCGGGGCUCUGGCCUUGGAGCAUCAACAGCCCCUGAUUGGGGACCUGUCUCAGGAUCUCAACCAUAUCAUCGACUCGUCGCCUCUGCUUUCCUUCCACCGGGCCCUCGUGCAAAUCCCAUCCAUAAGUGAACACGAGAAGAACGUGGGGGAGUAUGUCUUAGACUUCCUCUCCUCGCAGAACCUCACUGUGGAAAAACAAAUCGUAACCCCCGAAAGUGACACUGAAGAAGAAAGAUUCAACAUAUACGCGUAUGUUGGGAAGAACAGACAGCCGGACGUGUUAGUGACCAGCCACAUCGACACAGUCCCGCCCUUCAUCCCUUACUCUCUUCAUGCACCAACCUCAGGCACGUCCUUCAUUCGCACGGACCUCGUAAUUGCUGGUCGUGGCACAGUGGAUGCCAAAGCCAGUGUUGCGGCGAUCGUCUUUGCCGCUUUAGAAACACUCGACGAGAAUCCCAAUGCCUCGAUCGGGUUGUUGUUCGAUGUCGGUGAAGAAAACAGCGGCGUGGGAAUGAAACAUUUCUCCAAUUCUGAGCUCAAUCCGACGCCUCCGACAUAUCAUACGGUCAUAUUUGGAGAGCCAACGGAGCUCAGUCUCGUCGCAGCACAUAAAGGAACCCUAGGAUUCAAAUUGGUCGCGGAAGGGAAAGCGGCUCAUUCUGGGUACCCCUGGCUAGGUGAAAGUGCCAUCUCAUCGCUUAUUCCUGUUCUAGCUCAUCUUGAUACCCUGCAAGAUCUUCCGCCCGAGAAAGGUGGCCUCCUUCGUAGUGAGACAUUGGGCAAGUCCACCUUGAAUAUUGGCCGAGUGCAUGGCGGAAUUGCCGCCAACGUCGUUCCAGCCCAUGCUGAAGCAGCAAUUUCUGUUCGCCUUGCAGCGGGGACUCCAGAGGAUACCAGAACCAUUAUUGAGAGAGCAGUGGCAAAGGUAACUAGCGGCGACAGAAGUGUUUAUCCUGAUUUUGGCGAUCGCAAAGCAGGCGCUCCACCGCAGUACUUCGAUGUCGAUGUGGACGGCUUUGAAGUGAUCACUGUGAACUACGGAACCGAUGCUCCUGCCCUGAAGAUUCACGACCAGAGGACUCAAAGGGUUAAGAGGUAUUUGUAUGGACCUGGAAGCAUCCUUGUUGCGCAUGCCGAUAAUGAGGCCAUCACGGUCGGCGAACUGGAAGAGGCGGUGCGUGGUUACAAGAGACUCAUCGCUGCUUCUCUAUAG